AUCGUAAAUGCUAGUGAGCAGCACCAGCAAUCUCAUCGGCCAUUUGAUUUCCAAACAUUUCUUUCACACCUAAAAAAGAAGAGCGCAGAUCCAAUAGUCAGGUAUAUUCGUUCUUUUUUGAUGUCAUUCGCCCGGCAAACAAGCGCAAUGUCGGCAACGCAGAUGUCGAAGGCAAUCAGAAACUUUAAGUUAUUCAUCGAGGGAAAGUUCCGAGUAUACGAGCCUUUCGCCUCAAUGGACGAAACUGAUUUAGAGAAUUCUGUGGAAGGCGUGGAGAAAUUAAUUAUGAAUAGACUAUAUGAGUUUUGCUUUCCGCCUGAAGCAACAAAGAAGUUUGAAUUUCAUUCACCAUCUGCGAUGUCCCAGGAUUUGUCCGAUGAUAGAGAGUUUUCGGCUCAGAUAGAAAAGUUCAGCUGGAUUCUGGGUGUUCAUUUGGAUGUUAAUUUAGAUGAUCUAUCCGAAAGAAAAAGGAGAGCAUCAAAAGAUGAUGUUGAUUACAUGGAAUAUGCUGCAAGAGAGUUGAACAAAAUUAAUGAUUACCGUGCUCCCAGAGACAAAAUUAUUUGCAUAUUGAAUGCCUGCAAAAUACUUUUCAGCCUCCUUAGAAUCACAGACCAAGAGACUAAUGCUGACUCUUUCAUUCCGUUACUCAUUCUCGUCAUACUCAGAUCCAAAACUAAGAACAUUAUCUGUAAUUUACAUUAUAUUGAAAGGUUCAGAGGAGAGAAGUGGUUGAACCACGGCGAAACGAGCUACUAUCUUUCUACGGUAGAAGGCGCGAUUACUUUCAUCCAGAACAUCAAGAGAGAGGAUUUGACAAUCGACCAAACUCACUACGAUGCUCAUAUGGAGGCAUGGGAAGCGGAAUUGCGUCAAAAAUCUCCAAAGCAAACCAUUCCCAAAAAGGAAAUAUUGGAGUCAAGUUCCGAAGUAGCAUCUCGCCAGAAGCUGGGAAUUUUACCAUCUAAUGUUUUAAUGGCAAGUGCUGAAAUUUUCACCAAGUCAAUAAGCAAUUUGAUAAGCAAUCCCGAAGAAGCUGUUUCAGCUUCAAGGCCGACAGAAGAAGCUAGAACAAGUCAAGAACAAGUCGGUUUCACAGAUAAUCAGGUGGGUGAGACAUUCAACCAAUUGUGUGAAAUAUUCCCGUCACUUGACAAGGAUAUUAUGAGAGACGUUGUCAUAAUGAAUGGGGCAGACUUUGAGGUAUCACUAGAUGUGUGCCUACAACUCGUCAAC